GUUCUCGAGAAAGUGGAAAGAUUUGGUAGAGAAAGUGCGCGGGAGCAGGGCGUGGGGGUGCGAGCGCGCAGGCGCGGCCGGGGGGCGGGCUGCGGCUCCGGAAUCUCUGCAAGCUUUAGUCGGCGCCGCAUCCUCACCUCGCCGCCAUGGCUGCCUACAAAUUGGUGCUGAUUCGGCACGGCGAGAGCGCCUGGAACCUAGAGAACCGCUUCAGCGGCUGGUACGACGCCGACCUGAGCCCGGCGGGCCACGAGGAGGCGAAGCGCGGCGGGCAGGCGCUGCGAGAUGCUGGCUAUGAGUUUGACAUCUGCUUCACCUCAGUGCAGAAAAGAGCAAUCCGAACCCUCUGGACAGUGCUGGAUGCCAUUGAUCAGAUGUGGCUGCCAGUGGUGAGGACUUGGCGCCUCAAUGAGCGGCACUAUGGGGGUCUGACUGGCCUCAAUAAAGCAGAAACUGCUGCUAAGCAUGGAGAAGCCCAGGUAAAGAUAUGGAGACGCUCCUAUGAUGUCCCGCCACCUCCAAUGGAGCCAGAUCACCCCUUCUACAGCAAUAUCAGUAAGGAUCGUAGGUAUGCAGACCUCACUGAGGAUCAGCUGCCCUCCUGUGAGAGUCUGAAGGACACCAUUGCCAGAGCUCUGCCCUUCUGGAAUGAAGAAAUUGUUCCCCAGAUAAAGGAGGGGAAACGGGUUCUGAUUGCAGCCCAUGGCAACAGCCUUCGGGGCAUCGUCAAGCAUCUGGAGGGUCUCUCUGAAGAGGCCAUCAUGGAGCUGAACCUGCCAACUGGUAUUCCCAUUGUCUAUGAAUUGGAUAAGAACUUGAAGCCCAUCAAGCCCAUGCAGUUCCUGGGAGAUGAAGAGACCGUUCGUAAAGCAAUGGAAGCUGUGGCUGCACAGGGCAAGGCGAAGAAAUAAAGGCAAAUAGCAGACUAUUGUACCAAGGAACACCCGCCCAUCCAUUCCUUUGUACUUCUCUCCUGCACACGGACCACAUCUGUAGGCAUCUUAAGUUGUAGCUGCAGAUGGGGACCAGUAGCUCCCAUUUUAAUUUUAGCAUUUUGUUUCCUGCACCCACUCCCUUUGUAGAUUCUAGUCAGAAUAGCACCUCUGGGGCACAGAUUCUCAUUCCAAGCCCAGGGAAGCCUCCUUGUGUCCAGAAAAAUUGAGGUAGUAGUUCUGGUUUUUUUUCUUAGUGAUUGUUUUAAGGACCUGCUUGAGAAGGGGAUAGGGAGGAACUAUGCUAAGGCAUGACCAAUGAGAAGCCAGAGAGCCUGUUUGUGUUUCCAAGAGUAAGUUCUGUACUCUUAUGUAGUCAGGUCACUGGGAAUGGGGUGACAGGGGACUCUAGUCAUUCCAGUGGAAUAUGAAUGUACUCUGCAUGGUGAUUUUAGAAAAACAACUAUUUCUUCCCUGGCCCCAGAGGAGCUGGCUCCAGAAGGUUGGGAUCAACUCUGAAUUGUUUGUUACAUUUACUUUCACAAAAAGAAAAAUAAAUAAAUCUAUGUAUAAAUAAAUACUAAGCAAAGCCCUCUGGGGUUUCUAGUGGUGGUUAGUCCCACAUGUGGUCACCAGAAAAUAAGCCAUUCCUCACACCAAUAUGGGAUAAGCUCCUUGGCCUGAAAGGUGUAGGAGUGUAUCUCGCUAUGUAUCUGAGAGAAUUCCUCCUCUGCCUUGUUUUGUGGCAGUGAAAUGCCUCUUGAUCAUGUCCCAAGUGUGUCUUUAACUGUGUUUGAUUUCUGAGUCAUGUUGCAGUUGCUUGGCCCUGCCACACAGGCCCAGUACUCAUUUUACGCAUAACUGUACUAAAUCUUUUUCCAGAUCAGUAUAAUAAAGGAGUGAUGUGCAAUA